AUGGUGUGUAGCCCAUCACGGUUGGAUGAUGACGUUGCACAGAGCGCGCUGACCACAGUAAAGAUGGCGGACACAUCGGGGACCGAGCUGUCAGAAGAGAAAGACGCCGACAUUGAGCUAAAGAAGCGACUAAAAAGAUCUUGGGAGGACUUGCACAGGUCGGGUAAGGUCGGAAUAACCCCGCAGCUGCCAGAGACGUUGGGAUUUUACGACAUUAGCGCCGCCAGGAGGGAGCAGCGCGAGCUCCCAGCAGAUCCGUCGUUGGCUCGCUUCAUUUGUGCAGAACUCACCAGAGGUUACUUCCUGGAACACAAUGAAGCAAAAUACACCGAGCGCAGGGAGAGGGUGUACACGUGCAUGCGUAUUCCCAAGGAGCUGGAGAAGCUGAUGAUUUUCGGCUUCUUCCUGUGUGCCGACGCCUUCCUGUACAUCUUCACCCUCCUGCCCCUCCGGGUGCUGCUGGCCCUGCUGCGCCUCUUCACCGUGCCGUGCUGUGGCUUCAGGGCUCACACAUGCCCCUACUGCAGAAGAAGCAGCGGGACACGGCUGCUGCAGCCUGCACAAGUGUGCGAUAUGCUGAAGGGCCUGAUCCUGGUGCUGUGCUUCUCCAUGACGCAUUACGUCGACUACUCCAUGAUGUACCACCUGAUCAGAGGACAGUCUGUUAUCAAGCUCUACAUCAUCUACAACAUGCUCGAGGUGGCAGAUCGCCUCAUCUCAUCCUUCGGUCAAGACAUUCUGGAUGCUCUGUACUGGACGGCCACUGAACCCAAAGAACGCAAAAGAGACAGUAUAGGAGUCAUCCCACACUUUGUCAUGGCCGUCUGUUACGUCUUCUUGCACUCCAUCCUCAUCAUGGUGCAAGCCUCUACGCUUAAUGUUGCCUUCAACUCACACAACAAGUCUCUGCUCACCAUCAUGAUGUCCAACAAUUUUGUGGAGAUCAAAGGCAGCGUGUUCAAGAAAUUUGAGAAGAACAAUUUAUUCCAAAUGUCCAACAGUGAUAUUAAAGAACGGUUCACCAGCUAUGUUCUCCUCCUCAUCGUUUGUCUCAGGAACAUGGAGCAGUUCUCAUGGAAUCUAGACCACCUGCUGGUGUUGAUACCUGAUGUUUUUAUGGUCGUCAUCUCUGAAGUUAUUGUGGACAUCAUUAAACACGCCUUCAUCACAAAGUUUAAUGACAUCACCGCAGACGUUUACAGUGAGUACAGAGCCAGUCUGGCCUUCGAUCUCGUCAGCAGUCGACAAAAAAAUGCCUACACGGACUACAGUGACUCUGUGGCCUGGAGGAUGGGCUUCAUCCCGCUGCCGUUGGCUGUUCUGCUUAUCCGUGUGGUGAUGAGUUCAGUGAAGCUGCAGGGAGCACUAUCAUACACAUGUGUGUUCCUUUUCUACCUCGGGCUGGUAACACUUAAAGUGUUGAACAGUAUUGUGCUGCUGGGGAAGUCGUGCAUUUACGUCAAGAGAGCCAACAUGGAGGACAAACUGUUUGAGAAGUCCUCAAAUGCUCCAUCAUCCUCUGCAAAAACUCCCAACAAAGCUGAUGCAGGCACAUGUGCUAAACCUUCAGGUGAGUCCAGGGCGGAUCGGAUCCCUCCCACCCCCUGCAGCCCACCUUCAUCCUCUUCCUCCUCUGUGACCACACAGCCAGCCCCCAGGACUGAACUGUUCCCUCCCCCACCCACCAAAACCUCACCUGUGGCACCAGCUAGUUCCCCUUCCUCUGCAGAACCUCAGCCUGAACCUGAACCGCCCGAACCCUCGCAGUCAGAGGAAGAGGAGGCGCACGAAGCCUCGGAAACGAAGCACAGACCUCCCAAGAAAGACCUGCUGGAGAUCGACCGUUUCACAAUUUGUGGGAACCGAAUCGACUGAUCAGCAGCAGCAGCUGAU